AUGACCGGACAGUCAGUCAACCACGUCGUCAUCAUCUCCAGCAAUGGAUACACGGUAUGUGACAGGCGGCAAGUGGGGGCAUGCAGGGUUGGGGACUAUUUCGUACUUAACACGCUUGGGGUCGGCACCUUUGGGAAGGUGAAGUUGGCUGAACAGGUGGUUACUAAGGAAAAGGUGGUACUGGCAGGCUAG